AUGGCUUUAGAGCCAGUGUUGUGCAAUCAUAGAAUGGUUGAAGCAGUUGAAAAGCUAACCGUUGCAAAAGUCGUUGAAUCGAAGGAAAAAAAGAUUGGAAAAGAUCGACUGCCAGGAGUAAACGACGAAAUCCAAGGAGAUGACAAGAAGUACAAGCUGAAGCAGGUACUUGGAGACGGCGGCUACGGUGUUGUGUUUCUUAGCGAAGACGGUGAGAGAGAAGUGGCAGUUAAGACAGAAAAAUACAGUAAAUCCAUGUUGCACAUAGAAGUUGGAGUAUUAAAAGCAGCGAAUGCAGCAAAAGCAAAACAUUUCUGCGAAUUGAUAGAUUACGGAUCGAAUAAGCCGGAUUAUGUCUACGUAGUGAUGACACUUUUGUAUAAGGACUUGCAUAAGCUUAGGUCAGAGAUGCCCGGCAGACGAUUUGGAAUAAGCACAUCAUUACGACUAUCUAUGCAAGCCAUUAAGGCCAUCGAGGAGCUACAUAAAAUCGGCUACUUAUCGCGUGACAUCAAACCCGGAAACUUUGCCCCUGGACAAAAGUGCAACAAACAGUCCAAGAUCAUAUUCCUAUACGAUUUUGGCCUUGCUAGAAAAUAUGUAGAUAAGAACGGAAAUGUGAUCCCUCCACGGAAAGAUAUAGGGUGGAGAGGUACGACCAGAUAUGGUAGUCUCACAGCGCAUCAACGACAGGAUCUCGGAAGACGUGAUGAUUUGGAAAGUUGGUUCUAUAUGACAGUAGAAAUGACAAGAGGGACAUUGCCGUGGAGACUUGUGACAGAUCGUGCAGCCGUACAAGCAGCGAAGCAGGCAGCUCGAGUUUCUGGCCGAGUGCAAUUCCUUUUUGAAACACCUAAACAAUUUGAUCAGAUUCUCACUAUAGUGGACUCAUACGCCUUCGAUUCAUUACCAGAUUACGAGAAAAUCUAUAAAAUACUCGAUGAGGUUCGUGAGGAGAGAAGUAUUCGCAUGACUGAACACUGGGACUGGGAGGACGAGACGUCAUGCUCAUACACAACAAAAAGUACAAUAACAAGUUACUCAGAACGCGAAUUAAAAGCCAAGAAAGAUUGA